GGCCGCGGCCGGUACCGGGGUCGGGACGGGGCUCCCGGAGCGAGCGGGCCGGCGUCGCUAGCGAGGGACCGCCCCCGCCCAGCCUCCUCCGCACGCCCGUCACAGGCACACACACACACACACACAGCUACACAUAAAGAGCGGCCGGGCGGCAGCGAGGCCGCGGGGCACAUCCCGGCAGUGGUCCCGGGCUUGGGCAUGGCCGCGGGGCCAUGACGGGCGCGGCGGGCGGCGGCGGCGGCCGCGGGAGCAGCCGGCGUGCGGCGGCCGGCAAGGAGGGCGGCCGGUCGCGGAGCGCCCAGCCGCGGGCGGCGGGCGGCGGCGGUGGCGGGAGCGGCGGGGGCUCGGAGGAGGAGGAGCAGGAGCAGCAGCGGGACGGCGGCUCGCUCUUCCUGGUGAACAAGAGCGGCUUCCCCAUGGACGGGCAGACCUGGGAGCGGAUGUGGGGCCACGUGGAGCGGGUGCACCCCGACGGCGGUGCCGUGGCGGCGGCCAUCCGGAGCGCCUCCCGCCUGGCUCGGCCCUCAGUGCCGCCAGUGCCAAACUACAAGCUCUCCAUGUCAAUCCCAGAAUGGCUCCAGGCAAUACAGACCUACAUGAAGAUGCUGCAAUACAAUCACACGGGAACACAGUUCUUCGAGAUCAGAAAAACCAGACCUCUGAGUGGGUUAAUGGAGACAGCAAAAGAAAUGACCAGGGAGUCCUUACCUAUCAAAUGCCUUGAAGCAGUUAUCCUGGGGAUCUACUUAACAAACGGGCAGCCCUCCGUGGAACGAUUCCCCAUCAGCUUUAAAACCCACUUCUCAGGGAACUAUUUUCAUCACGUGGUGCUUGGGAUCUACUGCAACGGCCGCUAUGGCUCGCUGGGCAUGAGCAGGCGAUCGGAUCUGAUGGACAAACCUCUCACUUACCGAACUCUGAGCGACCUCAUCUUCGAAUUCGAAGACUCCUAUAAAAAGUACUUGCAUUCAGUCAAAAAAGUCAAAAUUGGAUUGUACGUCCCGCACGAGCCGCACAGCUUCCAGCCCAUCGAGUGGAAACAGCUGGUCCUCAAUGUGUCCAAAAUGAUGCGCACAGAAGUCAGAAAGGAGCUGGAGAAGUUUGCCAGGGAUAUGAGGAUGAAGAUUCUGAAACCCUCAAGUGCCCAUUCUCCAAUGAAGGAGAGAUCCCGGGGUAAGUCGCUGUCCCCUCGCCGGAGGCAAGGCAGCCCUCAGAGACGGGCCUGCAGGAGAGAUAAAUCGCCGGCGGUGCUGGACAAGAAAGGAGACCUGGCUACGCUCAACGAGGUGGGCUACCAGCUCCGCAUCUGACACAGCCAUCCCACGGACUUCAGAGGGCUUCCCGCUGCUGCCGCUGCACUUUACCUGCACUCCCUUGGAAGGAAAAAGGAAUGGGAUUAUUUUUUAUCUUAUGUACUCUCAAAAUAAAAGUUUGACUUAGAAAAUAGGGGGUAAUUUUUUUUUGGUGGCAGUAUUUAUUUCAAUUUAUAGAAAAGGCAUCAGUGAAGAGAAACUAAAAUUAGAUUUGCCAGGAUAUGAGAUUUUUUCUUCUCUCCCAUCAUGUAGCAGGUGUCUCGGUGGUGUGAGUUUCUUCAAAUAGAAUUUCCCUGUACCAGUGUUAAUUGAACUUGGCCUUGUACUGGGUGGUUGCAUUAGAAUAAUUAACAAAUCAUAUUCUUAAUAUUAAGAUGUGCUGGGGUGCAGUGCAAUUAAAAAAAUCAUAUUCACUAUAAAUCUUUAAUUCAGCAAUAAAAGCAAGCAGUGAAGAAGUGGCAUAAGUUUUUAAAGUAUCAAUAUUACCUCACUAGACUUAAUAGAUAUGCAAAACUGUUAGUAUUCUUGUUUUCUAACCAAUUUGUACUGUUUCCCAGCAUUACUGGGAGUAUUAAAAAGCACUGGAUGUUUUACUGCCACCUGUAUUAUUAUUUUCUGCAUGUUGCCAAAAGAUGUUAAGUAAUAGUAAUAUGCAACUGUAUUCUUAACACUGACAUCUUGUUAGGCAAGAUACGAGGUUUGAGGUUUUUUAAAUUAUGAUAAUUGAUGAAUAAUGAAUUUUUAAACUUUCAUAAUUUUUUAUACUUUUGUCACAAACUUUUAGUCUUUCUGAACUACACCGCUGAAGCACAAAACAUAGAGAUUGCUGUUUUGUAGAGACAAGUCAGCUUUUUUCUCAUAUAUGUAGUACUUGGAUUAAUGGAAAAACUGUGGGAAUUGCUAACCUGAGUCUUUGUGCUUUUCUCUCCACAUUUAUGUGCAAAUUUGAACCUUGUCUUUGAAAGGCUGAGCAGUCUCUGAUGGUGAUGCCUUGACACCUUGUAUUAAAUCAGGCAUGGCAGCUGAAGUUAAACCUUCUGCUGUGCUGUGCAGGGAGUUUUCCUGCAUGUGUUGUAGUAACAACUGCUUAGUCAGACUUGAAUAAGGAAGUAUGUCUGAAAUAGAUGGAAAUCAAGCUUGUCUGCUUCCUCCUUGCUCAGUUGUUUUGUUGUAAGCCUUGGCUAAGGACCUGUGAUGGACAGCAGUGUUCUCAAAUGACACGGUUAAGACUUGCUGGGGUCCACCAUUCAACUUAGUGAAGUUCUCUGGAAGCAUUUGAGUGCUGCAUUCCUGGAAAUGUUUCAUUAGGUGCCUAAAUAUAAACUGGAUUAUUGUACAUGUCCAGCCUCUACCCUUUGUGCUGUGCUCAUAGAUGAUGCUGCCAUGGGCCUGGUGUACCUCCCCUCCUGGGCACUUACUUUUUUGGGGUCUUGAUGAAGAUGGAUGCUGUUACAGACUCACAGUAAUGCUUAUUCAAAUGGAAUUAUGUAAGCUCCUAGAACACUUCCAUCAGCCAGAAAAUGAAUGAAUACAGAAGGAAAGAACUGCUUGUUCACAGACCUCAUUGCUCAAAAAACUGAAUUUCACCUGCCUAGGACAGGAGGAAAAAGCCAAGACCCAGCAACCUUCUACAGCCAAUGAAAGGCUCUCUACUAAUUAAGAAUUCAGAAGCUCUAGAAAGAAAACUUUUGAAAAGUGUGACACCUCUUUAUCCAAGUUUACCAUAUCAGUAACAGGAAGGCCUUUCCCAUCCCUCUUUAAACUUUCCCACUCCUCUGUUCACAGUAAGGAUUUUUUUUUGUUAAGGAGUGAAGCUGAAGAGAGAAUACUCUUUUGGUAGAAAUUCUUGGGUAAUUUGACAUCAGCUGCUGAGUUUUGAUUUAAAACUUCAUGCUGCCCAGUGUCUUGUGACCUAAAUAAUUUUUUAAAUAACUUUUCAUGGAUAAAAUGCUGUGGAAAAACUUUUGAUCAGCUGUAUCCUGAAUAGCAUAAUGUUAUCUGAUAUGUUGCAACUUUUUUCUAUGAAACCAUGGUUUACUACAGCUCAAAUAAUGGUUGUAUAUAGUUUCUACCCUUGUCCAGCACACUUUAUUUUCUUUUAACUGAUACUGAAGCUUCUUAAUGCUGUAGAGGUGUGUUGACAAAUUGCUUUUGGUCCUUGUGUAAAGUUCUGCUGAAAUAUUCUCUUGAAACUUGCUUAUGAUGGCAUUUGUCUUAAGUGUGGUUCAAGUGACAGCAAAGUGGUCAAAUAGUAUAGAAAAACAUGCAUGACUUUUUGGGCUUUUUUUCAUCACUUGUAUAUGCACAGCAUGAAACUUCAAUAAAAGUAUCAUGGUAGUCUUUUUUUUUAUGA